AUGUCUGAAGCGAAGAAGGAUAGUAUCUUUAUACUUCUUCAGGUCCAGAAUGACACUGCUAUGAAAACCUUUCAGAAUGUUAUGAAGACGAGCUUUCCAGCUACACAUAUUAUCUGUCCAAUGAAAAAUGCUGUUGAUAUGGCAUCAAAAGGCAAACCUGCUUUAAUAAAACCACCAACGCCAGAUGCUCUUUCACUUCAAGGAGAUCUUGUUAGUAUUGUUGUACAUAAUUGGCUUGCAAAUCAACAGAAAAAACCUGUACAAAAAGAUAAAGCAAAACCAAAGCCAAAUCCAAAGGCAAAAGGUGCCAAACAGCAAGAGCCAGUCAACGAACAAACUCCUCGUACUGAACCUGAAAUUAAAGGACGGAAUUUUAUUUAUAUAACUGAUUAUCCAAAAAUGCCAGAACAGCUUAUAGGCAUGCAGAGUGCAUGCAUUCCUGUCGUUUGCGCGUUAUCAAUUGAAGUUCAAGCUGCAGAAACAGAUAAACAUCCUCCAGCUUCAACAAGUACACCAAGCUUAGAUUUUAGAACAGCUUUCAGUGAUCAUUUACCAAUCUUAUCAUUUACGCUUGCUCAAACAGGAACAAACGAAGAUAUUGCACAAAAUAUCUUAAAUUCGAUUUACAAAAACUACAACGCGUAUCAAGCAUUUCAUAAAGAAACUAUCGAUGUAAAGACAGUUACAAUCCCGAAGUAUCCUCCGGAUCCUGUUGCAGUUCCACAAUUACCUGUUGAAAAACAGUCAAAGAAGGAAGGAAAAGCAGGAGCUCCUUCAACACCAGUUCAAGAAACUCCAUCACCACAAGAUGAAGCACUCAAGGAAGCUUACAAACAAGAAAUCUUCAAAGAAAUUUCAGAAUUUCUCAAAAACGCAAAUAAUCCAAUAUUUUCAAAUCAAUUCCAACAUCAAGCCACAUUAUUACCAAAAUAUCAACUUCCUGCUACACUAAAACCAAUCUUUUCGCAUAGACCAGAUUACAAAGAUCCUUUCAUCUUUACAAUGCGCUCUGCAGCAGCCAAAAACAAAAUUUCUUACGAUGACAUUUUCUCUGUGUACGUUGUAAAGAAAUUUGAAGAAUUAGUUGGAUAUCCAGUAGGAGAACGUCGUCAUGCUGAAUUAAUUCCUCUUGAAUUACUUCCUAAUGUUAUCGCACCUCUUAUUGGUGCUUAUCCCAACUUCAAAUGGGGAGAUUUUGCUGGAACAACGUUAUUAGCGUUUUUCCAUUCGAUUCCAAAGUCCAAUUUCCCCGUAUCCACCAUAAGUGAGAAUUUCCACCUUCCUGUUCCAAAAGGAUUCGGAAAAUGGCUUGAAGAGUCAAAAGAAGAAUUUCCUGACACAUGUGACGAUCCACCGGCCGAAACAGAGUUUGGAGCAAAUGCAGGCAGAGAGCAAGAGUUCUGCAACCUCCCAAGUCCUACUUCCACUCGUCAGAAACAAGUAUAUUUUGAUGAAUCUGGUCUCAAAGUAGAAUCAUACCCAGUUAAAUCAGAAGGACAAUUAUCAGCCAAUUUCCUUGUUUCCUACAACAAAUCCUCUCUUUCCUUCAAUAUGCAACAAAGAAAUUCCAGCGGAACAAACGGCGAAGAGGAAGACGAUGACCAACUCGAAGUCAAUAUCAAUAUCCGCGGCGCUCUCUCCAAGAAUUGUGACUUCAAUUUCGAACAUUCCCCGUCUCAAGCAACUUUGUCACUUUUUACAAAAGGUGCCACAAUUAUUUCCACUGAAAACGACACGAUAACAAUGAUUGGAGCUCCAGGAGAGCAGAAGCGUGCUGUUACAAGUGAAGGACAAUUGAUAAAGUUCACUCCAAAGCCAGUUAUUUACAUGUUGGACGGAUCAAUUGAAACAUUCGAUGGCGAAACAUGGCAUUUGAUUGAUAGUGAAGGAAAAGCGUUUGUUAAGACAAGUAAUGAUGAAUGGACACGUGAUAAAGCAAAUGAUGCAACCUGCGAAACAAUUCAAACUCAUUUCACUAAACGCCAAGUUUCGACACAUUCAAAUGGUGUUUCAAUAAUAAAUGAUGAAGAUGAAACAACAAUUGUUUAUCCAGAUGGUUCUAAAUAUUACACAAAUGCGAAGAAAUGGACAAAUUCCGCAUUACCUGAUGUAAUAUUUGCCGAAAACAAGAAGAUGAUUGUAGAAAACGAGGCAUUCAAAGCAACAUUCGAAUCGAACAACAACAUUACAAUUGAUACAAAAGAUAAUGAGUGUUCGAUGAAUUUGCUGAAGAAGUCUGGCCACAUCAUCUAUUAUUUCGGACAGUUCAGAUCUGUGAUGACAAUGAUCGAUUUGUUCACAGGAACAGUUGCAAACGCUGGUGCAAGAAGAUGCGUUUAUUAUUUGACAGAAGAUUGGCAAUGGGCAUUAGGACAUCAAUUGUGCUCGAAGAAGGAAAUCGUACAGCAUUUCCAAGAUGGAGAUUUCGUUGAAAGAUUACAAAAGGUUGAUACUUGCGACCAAGAUGAACUGACACAGAUUGUUUCUAAUGGCCAUAAACCACGUCUUUUCGUUAUUACAAAUGAUGGUGUUUGCACUCAUGUUAGUGAGUUGAUUUCAGCUUCUGACUUCCAACAAGCUGCAGAACUAUCUUCAUCUAGAAUUGCAAAGGAUGGCGAGAAAGACGUGAUGCUUUGGUUCGAUACAGAGCCGAAAUCAUACAGAGAAAUGCAAAUUUGGACAAAAAUGAGCGAUGAAGAGAAGAACCAAAUAAUUAAAGCAAUCGAGGAUGAAAAGAAGGCUGAGGAACUCAGAGUGCAGAUAUUGGAUAGUGUUGGUGAUCCGAAAUGGCGUGAACUCGAAACAAAACAAAAAGCGGAAGAAGAUGAUGUUUUGGAAUUCUUGAAAACGAGAAUAACUUGCAAUUAA